CGGAGGCGGCGGGGGAUAUUGGUAUGCCAUGAUGUCUGUCAUGGGCUCCCUUCGUGGUACGGCAGGAGAUAUAGCGGAGCUUCUCGAUGCCCAGGGUUCCAAAGUGGGUUUCGAAGGCGGCUGAGCAACAGCUGCCAUGUAAGAAUGUUGCUAUAGUACGGACGACAGCCGCGGAACAGGAGCAGUCAAAGACGAACGGACUAGGGUAUGAUGACCGAGAUUCGGAGCGAAGGUCGAGCCGAGACGAAGAAGACGGCAGAUCUAAAUGGCAAACGCUAGGGGCCGAAGUGUGGAUGUGGCGGAACCGCAAUCAGCUUGGUCGCAGUCCCAGAUGGCUCACGGGCGGCGGUAGGUUAGAUAUGGCGCCAACGAGCCCGACGACGACAAAGAUAGACGCACUCGAGGCAGGGAGCGAGAGUGGCUGGGCCAAUCGAGACGGCGGUCUUGCGGUUUGGAGCAACUGGGGCAAGCAGGAUCCAAGGGAUAUGACUGGCGACUCAAUCCAACCUUUUCGGUUCAGGCUGGUACGGUUCGAGACAGGCAACCGCGGCGACAAACGCGGCGAUCUGCAAAGGGCCGCACAGCAGCAGGAGCUCGGCCUAUAUGUGACGCCGACUAUGCCCCGUUCGUGCGCUGCGAGGCAGGUGCCGAAUGAGGGAGGGUGCGGGUGUUGGUUAUUUGAGUGCGCGCCUAAGGUCCGAGGGGAUAUAAGCGGUUGCUCAACAGCUGAACGGAUCCUAGAGCGCAAGCGGAUGUUGUGCGAAGAGAUUCCUGCAGCGCACGACCGGUCGAACCGAGUGGUGACUUCAAUGGAACAGAAGGGUGAAAGCGAGACCAGUAGCCGCGUUGAAGACUCGGCUCACACCCCGAAUUUUUGGAACCGAUCGAGGAGGUGGUCGUGGGUGGGCAGAACAGGGGGAUCCCGCAGGUACUGUUUUUGGAAGUCCCUGUGCAACCUUCCGGGUGAUUUGGCUUGGACGUUUGUUCGAGGUGCCGGUGACGGCUUGGAAAUCGGAACCGUCGGGGUUGCGAGUCUGCGGGCGCAAAAGCUUGAAUAGCUCGGUGGUUGCAGUCUGGCGCUUGUUGUGAUGAGAUAUCACGAAUCAAGUUUGCCAGGGGUGAUCAAUGAUCGCUCGUCUUGGAGGGUAGGCGUGGGGUGCCUCGGGGUUGCCAACAAUGUUCGGGGGCCACGCAGGGAAGGCACCGUCUCUCCAACCAACGCAAUUCGAUGAGACGUGGCCGGUUGCUUCGAUUGAGCACCUUUGGGGCAAAGACAAAGCAGGUGCGAUGAGUCGGCAAUGGAUGGAGAGCUCCAAGGGGGAGGAGGGGGUCACUUCUAUUACCGGGCUGCGGGAUAAGCAGCAGGAGUACUGGCCAUUCAGCUUUCGAAAUUUCAGCCCUUUUCACCUGCAGAGAGGAAGGCAGGUCCGGUUGGCGCGGCGUAAAGGUUGGUAACGAACGGCGUGGCGACGGCCGCGUCGACCACAAAGAGGCUCGAGGCCCCGGUAUGCUAGGCUGGA